AUGCUCAAAAUGAACAAGAGAAAAAGAUUGGACUCGGAAGAAGAACUAAUCGGAUACGACUCUUCUGUUUCUUUGGAGAGCGAUCAAGAUCACGGUGAUGACUCUGAUGAUGAUUCUGGUUAUGACUCCGGAGAUGCCUCUCACGGUUAUGACUCUGAUGAUACCUCUGACGGUGUUGAAUUAAAUUAUGAUAAUUCAGAGGCUUCUGAUAGCGAUGAUGAAGUUGUAGAAGAAUUAUCUCCCAAAAACGGACACUCCUACAUCUACAAAUCCACCCUCUUCACAGCAAUGGACUAUAUCGUGCAGAAUAAUCUGCAACCUCUCGGGUUCAAGAUGAUUGGACUACAAGUCCAUUAUCUAUUUGCCAUUACCCGAGAGGAGUCCUCUUUUGUGUACGCAAAAAGUAAACUACCAGUGUACACACCAAGUUACUUCUACGUUUGGAUACAGGCUGGCCUUAUUCGCAACAGACAAGGCAAAUACGAGAAAUAUUAUCGAAAUGUAAUGGUAAAUUUUCGUAAAAAAAACCUACAUUUUGCCGAGGAUGGUUUGUUCAUAAAAAAGGAGUUUCGUAGUGAAAUAACUAAAAGAGACAAACAAUUAGGCUUGUUACAUAUUAUCAAUGACGACCAAGAAGGGUCAUCAAGAGAUAAAAGCAAUAUUAAUCGUAAAAUAGCAAGCAAAAGAAAAAGUUACCAGUCACAGUUUGAACAUGCAUACACACCAUCUAAUGGUGUUCUUGUUGAUGACACAACAAAUUUAGUUGAAACAUGGAAGGCACAAUUCCAAAGAGAGUUCGACUCUUCUAUGUUAUUGUAUCAUUUUGAAGACGAUGGCGGUCCAGCCUCUCUAAAAGAAGAAGACAAACAGAAGAAGACAAAUACAGUCUCUAAUAAGAUGACUUCUAAUAAUGUUGCGAGAUUAUAUAUUAUAGAACACAUUAAUGGAUGGAUAAAGGACCCUGCCAAUGUACGAGCAAAGAAUUCUUUAAAACUGGACAUAAACAGCAAAACCGGACUUGUGUCCAUGGAAUGGUUUAGAUCUAUGUAUACUCAGAUUGAUGCUCUUUGUGAAUACAUAACCACCACAGGAAAGAAUGUGAAUAAGAGAUCAGAAGAAUCAAAAGAAGCAAGGAAAGAACGGUUCCUUUCUGGCUUGUCCAUUUUCCUCAAUUAUACCAUGUUUGUUCAAAGGAUUAUUUACAAAUCCAAAGAGUUUUUCAAUUAUUUCUUGAAUAUUAAUGCUCUUAAAAGCUUUCUAUCAGCUUUAUCAAGCGAAGAGGAGCUACAAUACGUCUCUCCUAACACAAGGAGACGAAAGAUUGAGGUUUUAGCCACUUCUCUAAAUUAUUUGUUGAACAAUGUUACAGUUUCCCAUGAGAUCACCUUUAGAGGGAAAGUACAGUCGGCAAAGAUUCUUGUUGAUAGAGUUUACAGUGAAACAAACAAAGAACGUGAAUCAUGGUUAAGAAAAACGCAUGCUAUGUCCCAUUUAUCAAACUUUGGAAAAUAUAUGAGUGCUGAAAUGUUUUGGCAGACAGUCAAGAGAUCAUAUCAUAUUUGUUUGGCAUGGGUAAAUAUGUUUUACUUUUCCAACCAAGACAAGAAAGAAGAAAUUAUCCAGAAAUAUUGGGGUUUGGAAAGAGGCAUUCCGCGAUUUUCUCAAUAA